AUGAUAAACGGGGGAAAAACAUUGGAUGCUCUCUGCACUCUUUCCAAUGUCUUCAUCAAUGUCAUAGUCGAAUCGGUUCAGACAGUCACCUACAUAAAGCGCUUACUUAAUGCAGAUGACCUUGCGCUAUGGGCUGGACACCGAAUCAGGUGUUUUGCCACGCAAUCGUGUCCGGUACGUAGUCUAAACUCAGCAACGGCUUCGAUUCUUGGCCAGUCGGGUAUGUCGGAGAGUGCCACUGUCCACUGUUUCUCCUUUGUUCGAGCUUUGAGUUCGUUGAACCUUGAGGUAUGGAAUUCUCUCCUGAUUAAGGCCUUCAUUGUGUGGAAAGACAUCGGCCGAUCCAUGCAUUGCAAAAUCGUUAUCCCCUUCUCGGCAAGUGUGUCAGCAAGCCACAGUGACGAGGAAUCUAUUGUAGGACCACUGUUUUGUUUUUCUCUCUCAGCAGCUGAUAGAGUUUUCUACAUUCGUUUAUCUCAGUUGUUUUGUGUGUCGCUCUGUUUCCAAUAG